GCUCAAAUACUAUCCGGACUGCAAUGCAGGGUAAUGAAUGUCACACAAUCUUAGAGGCAAUAUUUAUUAUUCAAUACUGGCAACUCCAUAAAGUUAAAAUUUAAAUGUCAGUGUUGUCGUCAAUCUUUCCAGGCUAACCGGCGUUGUAUUUAAUUUGUUGUAUGUUAGCCGUUCAGAACACUUUCAUAACCAAGUUUUUCGCUGGUGUAUACAAUGGCGGAAGAUCUCCCGGACACAGAGAAUACUCAGACGCAAACGCAAAACUCCCAAGUGGAAUGGAGCCAAAAUAAUUCUCCGUCUAUCAUACCCACUAUUUGGGGAAGGCUGUAUUCCACAAAAGUGUCUUUGAUCGGCGGUGGCUGCUGGCGAAAGACUGACCGGGGCCGACCAGAGUAUCAUGACUUGAUUCAACCAGAAUUCAGUUUAGGAAGGGCUUUAACUUGUUCAUUUGUAAUGAAGAAAGAUAUCAUCAAGGAAGAUAUUAUUAGGAAUGUUAGCAAACAACAUUUUGUUAUGAGAAGAGAUUUGACGGAGCCCUUGAGCCCAGCCAUAAUAACAGACCUAUCCUACAAUGGCACAUUUAUCAAUGGAGAAAAAAUCGGCAAAGGCAACAGCCGGGUCCUUGAUGACAAUGAUGAAAUUGCUGUCACUCACCCUGCAAUGAAAAUUUUCAUAUUCAAAGAUUUGCUUAAAAAUGAGCAAGACCAAGUGCCUAAGGAGAUUUCAAGGAAAUAUUACAUCUCUAGGACACUGGGACAAGGUGCUUGUGGAGUGGUGAAGCUUGUUUAUAACAAGAUAAAAUGCACUAAACACGCAAUGAAAAUAAUCAAGAAAAGUAGACUGACAAAUGGGCAAGUAAACAAUUUGAAUGACCCUCAAAAAAUUAUGAACGAAGUCAAUAUUAUGAAGAGUUUGAGACAUCCAUGCAUAGUGGCAACUGAAGAAGUAUAUGACUCGCGCGAAGCAGUAUUUUUAGUCCUCGAGCUGAUGCAAGGCGGAGAGCUAUUUGACCGUAUUACCAAGCAGGGGAACUUGUCGGAGAGACUGACUCGGUUCUUAUUCAGACAGAUGGUGCUAGCCGUUAAAUAUUUACACUCUCAGGGUAUCACACACAGAGACCUUAAACCUGAGAAUGUGCUACUGGAGGGUAAAGAAGAUGAGACGAUAGUAAAGAUUACAGAUUUCGGUCUGAGCAAGUUUGUAGGCGAACACACCUUCAUGAAAACUAUGUGUGGCACGCCACUAUAUCUCGCACCUGAAGUACUUAGAGCUAAUGGACAACGAUCCUAUGGACCUGAAGUGGACGUUUGGAGUUUGGGAGUUAUAUUCUUUGUCUGCCUUGUAGGGUACUUACCCUUUUCAACAGACUACAAGGAUGCGUCUUUACGUGAUCAGAUCUUAAGCGGGCGAUACAGGUUCUCCCAAGCGCAUUGGCGCAAUGUCAGCCUACACGGCAAAAUUCUUAUGAAAAGAAUGCUCACGGUCAAUGUGGUAAGGCGGAUCACACUUGAUGAAAUACUUGAUCAUCCUUGGAUGCAGGAUGCAGAAGUAAUUGAAAGGGUUGAGCAUUUACUAAUGCAUAGCUAUCAAACGCGACCGUUCGAGCAACUCACAUUGAACUCUGAAGAGAAUAAUAAUUCUGAUGACGUCACAGUAAUUAAUAACGUGGCAAAGGCGAAACGCGCUCUGAGCAGUAGCUACAGCUCCUGUGAACCAAUACCGAAGAAGCUUAGAUAUGCUCUGUACCCCGAAAUAGAGAGUGAUGAAAAGGAGGAUACAAGCUCGGCUACUAGUAUGACAUAUUCUCAAGACAGUACCUGAUUAGAUUUAUUACUUACGCUUACCUGAACUACUAUAGAUAUAAGACAAAUACGAAGUAGCAGCUGACAGAAUCUUUACCAGAAUUUCAAUGGGUGAUUUUAGCAACAUUUUACCUUUUAAAAACUCAAUUGACCUUCAAUGCAAACUUGCAUCAGCAGUUUUUAUUAUUAUUUAGUUUUAAGGGUUUUGCUAUCCAAGCCUUAACAUUCUGCUAAAUAUUUGUUUAUUUUAGCUGGAUAAUUAGCCGCUUUGCGAAUAUCAUGUCUCGUUUCUCAUAGAGUGACAAGAAGUAUACAGUACGCAUAUACGUAUUUUUAUCUACCUCUAAUGGCUGUAGCUAAACAAUUGUGAACCAAAUUGUUAGCGUAAAAUAGUUACUAUGAUAAUUCAUUCCAAAUGCUGGGUCCAAAAAUGACAUAUCUGUAGACCCUAGUUGCGAUUAAUCUCAGUUAUUAACUCGUACUUAACAAAUAAUGUGCCAUAAAUAUUGAGCAUUUUAGUUUGUACUAAUUUUUAAUUAUUACAAUUUAUUUCAAUGAUUCUUUAUGGUUUUUUAUUACUGUUUGAAUUAUAAAAAUAUAACGUUGAUUAUUUGUAAUUGAUAGUUUUGAUUUGUUGAUUGUGUUAGUUAAUGUAAGGUUUAAAAAAUUCGAACAGGAGUUAAAAAUGACGAACACCUGGCACUGCAAACAUUAUGAUCUUGAUUUGUGAUUUGAAGUUGUCAAGUAGCAGGGUGAUAUUUUUAUUAUAUGUUUUUGUAUAACUUUAGGUGAUUGAAUGACUGUUACACCUACCAUUUUAAGUGUUUUGUGUUGGUACAAAAAAAU